UGUACUACAAUUUUGGAGUAACGUGAAGCAUGUUUUAAAUACGCCAUACACUUUAAGCUGCCAUUAAUUUUUCAUCUACCCGACCAUCUUUGCUAGCUUAGUCAAACUUCAGUCGGAGUAGAAGAUCGGAGCAGCUGAUCUCGCCGUAGAACUCCCCUCCCGUCGCCACCGCCGAUCAAUGUUGCUCUCUACUCUGAAACCCGUCGUGGGUUGUCUUCCUUCCAGCUCCGCCCCACAUGGUUCCCGUGAAAAUGCGCCGCCGGCUACAAUGCUGAGGGUGAAUCCCAAAAUUUCUUCUUCGUCUUCACAUGCUCUCCAGGCACAGGAAACUCGGGCUGCUGUUUCAAGAAGAGAUGUUAUGAUGGGCAUAGCAGCCGCGGGGCUCGGGAUUUCCUUGGCUAAGCCUGCUGAGGCCGUCGAGGUAGCUAAUUCCGGGAACCCAAUCUCGCAGUUUCUUGAUCUGCUCAAGGACUUGGUAGGGACCCCGAAGCCAAAACCAGAAGGCGAUGAACCAAAAACCGAGAGUAAGGCCGAGUUACCAAAGCCAAAAACUGUAGGGGAUGAAAAGCCGCCGCCUGUUGAUAACAAGGCCGAGCCAUCGAAUCCGAAAACCGGAGGCGAUGAGCAGAAGCAGCCCACAGCGAGCGUUGAGGCCAAAUCGUCGGAGCCAAAAACCGGAGGUGAAGUGAAAGAUGAGACUAAAGCAAUUGCCAAAAACUGAGAAUGGCUGUUCCUCAGUUUUUUUCUGUCAUGAAGGUUAAUAUUUGCCAUCUUUAUUGUGUUUUAUUAUUACAUUCAACUCUGAACUCUCAAGAAAUGCUGGUGAAGUUUUUAUGACAUUGAACUCUAAACCCUCUGUUAGUAGAAUAGAUGAAGUUUCAUUCCA